AUGGCUGGCAUACCAGAAGCUGUGUCAGCAGCUUCCAAGUUUGGCAUUAGAAUAAUUCCUGGUGUUGAAAUCAGUGCGCUAUAUAAUCCAAGGGAAGUUGCUGGUGCUGGUGAGACUGUUCAUAUCUUUGCAUACUAUGGUAUGUGUGGUCCGUCAAGGCCUGAUGAAUUGGACAGCAUGCUAUUGGACAUUAGAGAUGGGCGAUACUUACGCACAAAGAACAUGCUGCAAAAGCUAACUACACUGAAGGUGCCAAUAAAGUGGGAGCAUGUGACUAAAAUUGCUGGUGACGGAGUGGCACCUGGCCGAUUGCAUAUAGCAAGGGCUAUGGUUGAAGCGGGUUAUGUAGAGAAUGUAAGGCAAGCAUUCAACAAAUACCUUGGCGAUGAUGGCCCUGCAUAUGCCAGAGGAAGUGAACCAUUUGCUGAGACUGUCGUGCAGUUAAUUAGUCGCACUGGGGGUAUUUCUGCACUUGCUCAUCCUUGGUCAUUGAAGAACCCAGAUGCAAUAAUCAGGUCUUUAAAAGGUGCUGGUCUUAAUGGUAUGGAGGUCUACAGAAGUGAUGGAAAAGUUGAUGGAUUUAGCGAAUUAGCUGAGAAGUAUGGACUUCUGAAACUUGGAGGUUCAGAUUUCCAUGGAAGAGGUGGAAAAGAUGAAUCUGACGUUGGAACGGUUAAGCUCGCUAUUACAACUUUGUGCUGCUUUUUGAAGAUGGCUAGGUCUAUCUGGUCUUCUGCUAUGAAAGACACCCUGCUUAAGUUUGCAGAGGGACCAUCUGCUGCAAAUCUAGGAAACAUGCUUAAGUUUGGACGACUUAACAAUUUUGCUGGUUUUUCUCCAAUAAACAAUGAUAUUCAUGUUGUUGAUUUCUGCUUAUCUUCAUGGUUAAGCAAUGAUGAUAUGGAAGAUGUUGAGCUUGAAGAGCCCAAUGUAACUAAUGCAUUUGUUUAUUAG